GCACAGCAAACAAUCAACUCCUGAACCAUCUCUCUAGACCCUUCAAGUGCAUUAAGAAUGAAAAAUUGGGGUGGAAGAGACAGAACGUAGACACCAAGGCAGACAUUUGAUGUCUACCUUCAGGAAGUCUGAGAGAAGGAAAUAGGUCAGUUUUGGAUAUGAGUUUGAGGUACAGAGAGAACACGUGUUCCUGUGAUAUUUAGUGAGCAAAUAGAUACUAUCUUGAACUCCAAUAAGUGUCUGGGGUGGAGCUGACACAAGGAGCCGUCAGCACAAGUGUAAAAACUGAAGCCUUGGGAGUGUGAGAGCCAUAACAGAGGAUGUGAAGGUCUGAGAAAAUCAGGCUUGUGACAGAAUUUUGGGGAUGUGUUUACGGAUGAAUAGGUGGAGGGGUUGGGGAAUAUGGGUUGGUGGUAGAGUGCUGGCCUAGCAUACAAAAGGCCCUGGGUUUAAUCAGCGGUGAAAACAAAACUGAAAGGUGGGACAUGCUGAUGCUCCAGUGGAAGAAUGACUAAAAGGAUGGGAAGAAAACAAGAAUAUUCCCGAGUGUGGAGAGCAAGAAUGCAGUUCAGGAUCUUAGAAUAUGCUUCCAUACCGUGCAGUCCUGUAUACACACGUUUCUCAUGCUGGGCUGCAAAGUCUAGAAGCGUAGGUACUCUACUAGCCUUGUUCAUUAGUUUACCCUGGUUUAUUCUGCAUAUUAUCCAGCACCUGGUGGAUAGUAAAAGAUGGAUAAGGGACCAUAGGGGAUACUCACCAGACUGGGUAAAGUGCUUUUUCUAAUGCAUGUGUUCUAAACUGCACUUCAUCUUAAGCUUUGUGGCCAAUGAUGAAUAAAAGGGGUUUGGAACUUGGGACCUUGGAAGUUCUGUAACUAAGACAUGGAAGUAACAACAGCUAGUCAAGACAAAAAGAAUGUUCCUUUCUUUCCCCUUCCAAGUUCUUAGUGAAGGGCCAAGCCCAGGAUCCCAGACUUGUGUGACUAGGUAAACAUUAAGGAGACUACCUUCACUUGGGUACCCUCCCUUCAGUGGCUCAAGGUGACUUCUCAGUAGCAAAGCUCCCCACUGCGCAAGUCUAGCAUCAUGGGGAAGGGAGACACCUCAGAAACAACAACAGUUACCCCAGCCUAUCGCUCUGUCAUGGAGGAGUAUGGUUAUGAGGUGGGCAAGGUCAUUGGCCAUGGCUCCUAUGGAACAGUCUACGAGGCUUACUACACAAAGCAGAAGGUCAUGGUGGCUGUCAAGAUCAUCUCAAAGAAGAAGGCCUCUGAUGACUAUCUUAACAAGUUCCUACCACGUGAGAUACAGGUAAUGAAAGUCUUACGGCACAAGUACCUCAUCAACUUCUAUCAGGCCAUUGAGACCACAUCCCGAGUAUACAUCAUUUUAGAGCUGGCUCAAGGUGGUGAUGUCCUCGAAUGGAUCCAACGAUAUGGGGCCUGCUCUGAGACCCUUGCUGGCAAGUGGUUCUCUCAGAUGGCCUUGGGCAUCGCUUACCUGCACAGCAAGGGCAUCGUGCACCGCCUGACCCCCAGCCUUUCUGCUGCUGGUAGGGACUUAAAGUUGGAGAACCUGUUGCUGGACAAGCGGGAGAAUGUGAAGAUAUCGGACUUUGGUUUCGCCAAGAUGGUGCCUUCUAGCCAGCCUGUGCGUAGUAGCUCUUCUUACCGCCAAAUGAACGGCCUUUCCCACCUCAGCCAGACCUACUGUGGCAGCUUUGCUUAUGCCUGCCCGGAGAUCUUGCUGGGCUUGCCCUACAACCCUUUUCUGUCCGACACCUGGAGCAUGGGCGUCAUCCUCUACACUCUAGUGGUUGCACAUCUGCCCUUUGAUGACACCAACCUCAAGAAGCUGCUGAGAGAGACCCAGAAGGAGGUCGCAUUCCCAUCUAGCAUCAACAUCUCCCAGGAGUGCAAGAACCUGAUCUUCCAGAUGCUACGCCAAGCUACCAAGCGUGCCACCAUCCUAGAUGUCCUCAAGGACCCCUGGAUGCUCAAGUUCCAGUCUGAGCAACCCACGAAUGAAAUCAAGCUGCUCGAGGCGAUGACUCAGCCCGUCAGCAACACCAAUCGCCACCAAUCCUUGGAAAUCACAGCUUGAAAAUGGCUGAGGUGGGGGCUAAGGAGAAAAGCUGGAGGGUCUUGGGGGGAAAUCUUUUAUAUAAAAAUAAAUCUAAUUAGUUUCAUCGUG